AUGGCUUUCCUCAAACGCAUUCUCCCGCUGCUGGCCCUCAUCUUGCCUGCAGUUUUCAGUGCCACAGAACAGGUCCCUCAUCCGACCAUCCAGACCAUCCCGGGGAAGUACAUUGUUACUUUCAAGUCCGGCAUUGACAAUGCGAAAAUUGAGUCUCAUGCCGCAUGGGUAACAGAGCUCCACAGGCGCAGCUUAGAAGGCCGCAGUACAACCGAAGAUGACCUUCCCGCCGGGAUCGAAAGAACGUACAGAAUUGCCAAUUUUGCUGGGUACGCGGGGUCUUUCGAUGAGAAAACUAUCGAGGAGAUCCGCAAACAUGACCAUGUAGCUUAUGUGGAGCAAGAUCAGGUCUGGUACCUCGAUACGCUAGUUACCGAAAGGCGAGCUCCUUGGGGACUUGGGAGCAUUUCUCACCGUGGUGCAUCUAGCACUGACUACAUCUAUGAUGACAGCGCUGGGGAGGGUACAUACGCUUAUGUAGUGGACACCGGCAUCUUGGCUACGCAUAAUGAGUUUGGUGGUCGUGCUAGCCUGGCAUAUAAUGCUGCAGGGGGUGAGCACGUUGAUGGUGUUGGACAUGGCACACAUGUAGCAGGGACCAUCGGCGGCAAAACAUACGGGGUUUCGAAAAACGCCCACCUAAUGUCCGUGAAGGUGUUUGUAGGUGAAUCCAGCUCGACAUCGGUCAUUCUAGAUGGCUUCAAUUGGGCUGCCAAUGAUAUUGUGAGCAAGAACCGGACCAGUAAGGCGGCGAUUAAUAUGAGUCUUGGUGGAGGCUACUCCUAUGCGUUUAAUAAUGCAGUUGAGAAUGCUUUUGACGAGGGUGUGCUCUCUUGUGUUGCCGCUGGAAAUGAGAAUAGAGAUGCAGCACGGACUAGCCCGGCUUCUGCACCCAACGCCAUUACUGUUGCCGCUAUCAACAGAAGCAAUGCUCGUGCGUCAUUCUCAAACUACGGCUCCGUGGUUGACAUUUUUGCCCCGGGAGAGCAAGUACUUUCUGCAUGGACCGGCUCGAACUCGGCCACCAACACGAUCUCCGGCACGUCCAUGGCUACACCUCAUGUGACAGGUUUGAUCCUCUAUUUGAUGGGCUUGCGGGACCUUGCUACCCCAGCGGCUGCAACGACCGAGCUCAAAAGGUUGGCUACGCGGAAUGCUGUCACCAAUGUGGCGGGUAGCCCCAAUCUUCUGGCCUACAAUGGAAACAGCGGCGUGUCUUCUCUGAUUCUCACAAUGAGAACUGUCGCCCGGGUCAUUGCGGCCCCUGUGGAAAGCGAAAAGGAGACGCUUCUGGCGCUGCUUCCGCAGUACGGGCUCAAACUAGCCCCGGACGGGAUCCAUAUCCAGUGGGCUCUGGGCAAUUGCCGACAUCCACGGAACUGGAGCUUGCAACGUAAGGUCUAUGAUACCACUCUUAUCAUUUUCCUGGAAUUUUUCACGACUGCCAUUAGCACUGCCGGCUCAACUGCGGCCGACAAUGCCGUCCACGACUUCAAGAUCUCCAAAACCCUGUCAAUCUUCCUUUUCGUCUCCAUAUAUCUUAUCGGCCAAGCCAUCGGGGGUGUCGUGUUUCCGCCAUACUCUGAAGUAUUUGGGCGGAAGAAGCUUUAUGUGGCAAGCUCAGCCCUAUACGGCAUGUCAUGCAUCCUGAUUGCAUCCGUCCCAUCAUUGAUAGGAGUAGCGAUGGGCCGAUGUCUCUGCGGGGUUCUGUCCGCCAUCCCCACGACUGUCGUAGUGGGCAGCAUUGAAGACACCUUCAAUUCCCGCGAGCGUGUCUGGGUAAUCUGCCUUUGGACCAUGUUCGCCAACCUGGGCCUCGUCGUGGGUCCUAUCCUUAGUACCUUUGUCGUCGCCUACACCCACUGGAGAUGGCUUUUCUACAUCGCAGCCAUCGUAACCGGAGUCCUUACCCUCCUACUCCUCACUAUACACGAAUCUCGCCCCUCCCUCCUCCUUGCCCGCGAAGUCGCCACUCUUCGGAAGGUCACCAAGAUCGACACCUUGGAAGGUCUCAACCCGGAUAAAGCCCCCGACAUGCGCAGCUUCGUCCGCAUCGCGCUCUUCCGCCCCAUCCGGCUCCUCUUCACCGAGCUCAUCGUCUCCACCGUCUCCAUCAUCAGCGCCGUCGCAAUCGCCCUAGUCUACCUUUUCACCGAAGCCCUUCCCCCGAUCUACGAAUCCUUCGGCUUCACCCGAAAACAAGCCUGCCUUCCCUUCGUGGCCAUCGGCCUAGGUCUCUCCCUCGGUCUCCUCACCCGCUGUCUCGACCUCCGCAUCAUCACCCACCACCGAGCCCAAGGCCGACCACUCCUCCCCGAAGAUAAAUUGACCGGGUUUUGGAUCGGCGCACCCAUACUCGCUGUAGCGUUAUGGCUUUUUGCCUGGACCAUUCCUCCCGCUGUCACGAAUCUCCCUUGGCUUGUGUCGGUCGCGGCUCUCGUGCUGGCUGGGUAUAGUCUCAAUGAGAUCGACUACGUGCUGGGCGGGUAUCUGACGGAUAGUUAUCUCAGCUAUGCGGCGAGUGGUCUGGCGGCGUUGAGUUUGGUGAGGGCAUUGUUGUCUGCUGCGUUGCCACUUAUCUCGGCGCCUAUGUUGGAGCGACUCGGGGCUAAUUAUAGUGUUUCGGUGUUGGCCACUGUUGCGACGGUAUUUUGUGCUGUGCCGCCGUUGUUUUCGAAGUACGGGAGGAGGAUUAGGGCGAGGAGUGCGUUUGCAAGGUUUAGUUUAACAGUGUAUCGCGAGUAUAGUGUUGAUGAGGAGGGGUAUUAGAGUAAAAGGAG